UUGUAUAACUGUCAGCGGGUGUUCCUUAUGGCUUUCCAGCGGGACAAGAAAAUCUCUUAAUCCCGAGAUUGCUUUUAUAUACAUAUCUAUAUAUCUGAAUAGAAAGAAAGAGAGGAGAGAGUGGUUUUUGAAAAAGAUGUUGGCCGUACUCCCAUUGCAAAGGAUUUAUUGGAAAAUGUGAAGCACUGAAAAGAUCUCUAAGGAAACUUAACCAACCUCUGACGAUGUCUUCUCCCGAAAUCGCUUCCAUUUCAUGGGGCCGGAUGACGGUGAAAGGCUGCUCCACAACAUACAAGGACUGCAAAGUGUGGCCGGGAGGCAGCCGCACGUGGGAUUGGAGAGAGACGGGAACAGAUCACGUCCCUGGAGUCCAGCCUGCAGAUGUGGAAGAAGUUGUUCAGAAAGGAGCCAAAACAUUAGUGAUUGGUCGCGGCAUGAGUGAGGCCUUGCAGGUACCACCAUCCACCGUGGAAUAUCUUAAGAAGCAUGGGAUCGAUGUGCUAGUCCUGCAGACGGAGAAGGCUGUGAGGGAAUACAACGCUCUGGCCUCCAAGGGGGUCAAAGUGGGGGGAAUCUUCCACUCCACCUGCUAGAGUAUUGCUCCAGUAUUUUCUGCUGUCUUGUGCCUUUUUGCAGAUGACACAAAAAAGAGUUGCUUUCGAUCAAUACAGGAAUCUGUGUCGCACUGCUUGCCUUGGGCGUUGAAAACAUUGAAGAAACUAUAACAAAUUGCAACAACAAUAGUGUGAAGGAAGGAAGAGCCUCUGUAAACUAGAAUAUCGCGAGAUUAAAUGGGGAAAGGGGCUUUAGUAGGGCAUCAUACAACCAGGAGCCUCUGAAACUUGUGCACACAAAUAUUCAUUUGAUAUUCUUUAAAGUGUGAGUUUAACUGGUGAAAAUCCGAGUGUCACGAUACAGACUCCUCUUAAAGAGCCACACACAAUAAGUAAAGUUAGCAAAUGUUUAUUAAAUGAUAAAUUGAGCUCAGAAACACUUAACUUCAGUGUUUCCACCAAAAGUAAACGUCUUUGCUUCAAGAAAAGGCACAAAACAGGAACAGAAAGAUAACCCGGAUUAUCUAGCUUGAUAAUCCGGUUCAAAUGUAACCAAAACGUUCACUGAAACAAGCGCCACGCUAUGCUGUGGCACAGAGAGUCAGGAAAGUGCCUAAUGCUCUUAGAUAAUGAGUGCAAAUGAUACCGUUGUCAAAAGCCAAGCCAAGUUCAAAAGCCAAAGGGUGCCAAAAACGCCAAGCCGGGAGCAAACACUGUCGUCGUCAGGAAGCAGACCGGAUUCAGGAGCCAGUGGAAGCCAGAAACGCCAAACCAGAAACGCCAAGUUGGAAUUGCCAAGCCAGGAGCAAAACGCUGUGUCAUGAUCUCCAAUCCUUGACAUCUCUGGUUGGCUGACAAGGAACAGAUGCCAGCCAUAAAACAGGCCGGCCAUAAAACAUCAAUUACCCUCUGGUAUAUGGGAGCCCCUAUAUAUGUGGGCCAAAAGAAGGUUCUGGCAUUCGGUACAAUAAAAAUCUGUUGGAAUCUACCAGCGUGUGUCUUGGUGCUUUUCUUUGGAAGACGGACCCACAGCACAACUGAGAGAAGAGAACCCAACAUGCUGUCGUCAGGAGCCAAACUUGGUUCAGGAGCCAGAGGAAGCCAGGAACGCCAAGCCAGGGAUGCCAAAGCAGGAACGAACACUGUCGUUGGAAGCCAAACUGGAUUCAGGAGCCAGGAACGCCAAGCCAGAAACGCCAAGUCAGGAACGCCAGAGCAGGAACGAACGCUGUCGUCAGGGGCCAAACUGGAUUCAGGAGCCAGGAAUGCCAAGCCAGAAACAUCAAGUCAGGAACGCCAAAGCAGGAACCAAUCCGGAUUCUGAACAUGAAGCUGUACAGCCAGGACCCAAGGAGAACAGGCAGCAACAAAGCAAUGUCCCAAAAACCACACCUUGCCUUCUGCAAGGGAUCUUCACUUUCCAUUCCACUUUUAACUUACACCUCGGAGUCUGACGAUGAUGAGGCCUCCGCCCUGUCAUCAUUAUCCACAGCUGAUCUUCAUUUCAUAUGUGAACCUCGCCCACCAGCCCUCCAAUCACUCCAUCUUUGUUCAAGACUUAGAUCUCCCCAUGUCUCUGGUGUACCAGUAGCAUGCCAGACUCCCGAUGCACCCUCAGAAACUGGUGCUGCACACACAUUUACUUGAGUCCAACCUGCAGUUUCUUCCAUCCCACUCUCAGACCCAUCAUCCCCAGAAAAACCUUCAAACGUUUCAUCUUCCGUGGGAGCAGUAAGUAUAUCACGAAUCUUCUUCCUUUCCCUUUCCUCAUCUGACUCUUGCUCCUGAGUUGACCUCUUAGUUCCUCUACUUUCUGUUAACCCAUCAUCUUCCUCUAUUGAGUCCUCCUCACUAGAGAAACCUUCAAACGUCUCUUCAUCAGUAGGAACCAUAAGUAUUUCCUGAACCCGCUUUACUUGCUGUUCCUCAUCAAACACCUGCUCAACAUUAUCCCUUUUCCUCCUACUAGCAAUUUUGCCAGUAGUACCAGAACUGCCCCUUGUCGCAACUACAACACUGAGUAUGGAUGUUUUCACACCACAUUCUUACUCAAAACAUUUUAAAUUGGUGCCAUUACCUCUCCCUUCCUUAUGUCUAGGAUCCCCAAAGAGAGGAUAAAAGUGAUAGAGACAAAAGCACUUACAUACCUGCAGGUGUCCAUUCACUCCUUACCGUUAUUAAUUUCCAUUUGGAUUUAUUUUAUUUACAGCAUUUAUAUUCUGCCCUUCUCACCCCGAAGGGGACUCAGGGCGGAUCACAUUACACAUAUAGGCAAACAUUCAAUGCCUUUAACAUAGAACAAAGACAAACAAACAUAGGCUCCGAGGGGCCUCGAACUCAUGACCUCCUGGUCAGAGUGGUUCAUUGCAGUUAAUUGCAGCUGGCUUGCUCUCCCACCUGCGCUACAGCCCGGGCCUUGGAAGUCCUUGUGCCUUUUGCCAGCCAGGAAAAAUGCUGUGGUCCAUCUUUGGGAACUCUCCCCUCCACGUUCUCCUUUUUCAAAGUGCAGUUGAAGAAAUGGCAACAGCAAUAGCUUUUGGCAUUUUCUGCCUGGAAAGUACUGCUUGAGCAAACGUAGAAGUGACUCCCCAGUCUAUAUAUCCAGCUUGAAGUGACAGUGAAAAAUGGAUGGAGAAAAGAGCAGCCUUUUCCAAAUCGUCUGAAGUGGUUCCAUUCUGUAUCAGGCCACCCAAUCCAUUUUAAAUCCAAUAUUGUCACCACUGCUGGCCUUGGUUUGAGACGGGUUUUUCUAGCUCCACCUGGAGAUGCAGGGGAUUGAACCAGGGAUUGUUCUGCUUCUGGACAAAAUGUGACCCUUUCAUACUCUCUAUAUUGCCUUGACUCUGGCUGAAAGAAAUGAUGUAUUGUGAUGUCGAAGGCUUUCAUGGCUGGAAUCACUGGGUUGCUGUGAGUUUUCCGGGCUGUAUGGCCAUGUUCAGGAAGCAUUCUUUCCUGACAUUUUGCCUGUUUCUGUGGCAGGCAUCCUCAGAGGUAAUGAAGUGUUGGAAACUAGUCAAGUAGGGUUUAUAUACCUGUGGAAUAAUGUCCAGGGUGGGAGAAAGAACCGAUUCCUGCCUGGGAGAAUCCUUUGUUGGGAGGUGUUAGCUGGCCCUGAUUGAUUCAUGUCUGGAAUUCCCCUGUUUUCUGGUGGUGUUCUUUAUUUCCUGUCCUGAUUUUAGAGUUUUUUAGAGUCAACCAUAGCAGAGAACUUGAUGAACCAACCUGGGCACAGCAUAUUAUUUGAGAACACAGAAUGCUGGUCCACUCUAACAACCACCAUGUCAAACGACACAGAGAAGCCACUGAAAUCCCCAAGAAGCAUGUGGACAAUUUCAACAAAAAGGAGGAAACCAUGAAAAUGAACAAAAUCUGGCUAUCAGUAUUUAAAAAAACUCUAAAAAUUAGGAUAGUAAAUAAAGAACAACGCUCAAAAAAGGGGAAAUUCCAGACAGAAAACAAUUAGGGCCAACUAACUCCUCCCAAUAAAGGAUUGUCCCAGGCAGGAAGUAGCCAGGCUUUGAAGCUGCAAGGUUUUUUAAUGCUAAUCAAGGUGGUCAAUUGCAACAUUCACACUUGCCUCAAACAGACAACAGUUCUUUCUCCCACCCUGGACAUUCCAGAUAUAUAAACCCCACUUGACUAGGUUCCAAUAUACCUCACGAGCUCUGAGGAUGCCUGCCAUAGAUGCAGGCGAAACGUCAGGAAGGAAUGCUUCUGGAACAUGGUCAUACAGCCCGGAAAACUCUCAGCAACCCAAAUGAUGUAUUUUUUCUUGCCCUAGAAGUCUUUUGGAAAAGUACUUCACAUUGUACACCAAUUGUGCACACGCAAAUUCGUUUCGUAUUUAUUUAAUGGCCGGAAUCAUUGGGUUGCUGUGUGUUUUUCGGGCUGUAUGGCCAUGUUCCAGCAGGAUUCUCUCCUAACGUUUCACCUGCAUCUGUGGCUGGCAUCUUUGGAGGUUCUAAAAGAAAUUGCUAAAAUUACAGAGGUAAAUCAAAGGCUGGCAAGCGCACUGUGGGAGACACAAGGAGAUGGCUGUCAAUUUCCUCGCCUUCAGAACCUCUGAGUAUGUCAGCCACAGAUGCAGGCGAAACAAACAUGGAACAUGGCCAUACAGCCCGGAAAACUCACAGCAACCCAAUGAUUUCAGCUAUGAAAGCCUUCGACAAUAAAUACGAAAUGAAUUUUUGUGCGCACGAUUGGCGAACAAUGUGAAGUGCUUCUCCAAGAGACUUCCUAGGGCAAGAAGCAAUACAUUAUUUUGGUUGCUGUGAGUUUUCUGGGCUGUAUGGCCAUAAAGAAUGCUAUUGGAACAUGGCCAUACAGCCCAAAAAACUUGAUUUUUGAAGUCCAAUUUUCUACAGUGGAAAAUGGCACCCCUGCCCCAUUUUAAUGGCACUUUUAGAUGCCUGUCCCAGUCCUAGGUUCAUAAAAGUCUCCAGAUACAGUAGAGUCUCACUUAUCCAACACUCGCUUAUCCAACAUUCUGGAUUAUCCAACGCAUUUUUGUAGUCAAUGUUUUCAAUACAUAGUGAUAUUUUGGUGCUAAAUUUGUAAAUACAGUAAUUACUACAUAGCAUUACUGUGUAUUCAACUACUUUUUCUGUCAAAUUUGUUGUAUAACAUGUUUUGGUGCUUAAUUUGUAAAAUCAUAACCUAAUUUAAUGUUUAAUAGGCCUUUCCUUAAUCUCUCCUCCUUAUUAUCCAACAUAUUCGCUUAUCCAACGUUCUACCGGCCCGUUUACGUUGGAUAAGCGAGACUCUACUGUAGUUAAUUUCCCUUUAUACUGAGAUGCUGACUUGCUUUAUGCCGCCCAAACAAAAUGUAGUAGCAUUAGAGCAAUCUUAUUUAUUAUUAUUUAUUUACAGUAUUUAUAUUCCGCCCUUCUCACCCCGAAGGGGACUCAGGGCUGAUCACAUUACACAUAUAAGGCAAACAUUCAGUGCUUUAACAUAGAACAAAGACAAGAUAAACACGGGGCUCCGAGCUGGCCUCGAACUCAUGACCUCUUGGUCAGAGUGAUUUGUUGCAGCUGGUUGCUCAACAGCCUGCGUCACAGCCCGGCCCUUUUCAUCAGGAAAUCUCAGCGUGUUCUGUUUCCUUCCUUAGCAAAAGCUAAUGUCCUAAUAAUUCUGUUGAUUGUAAAGAUACCAUAAGUCUCUUGGAUAAAGAUUUGGUUGUUAUGUGGUUACAAAAUGUGUUUUCAAAUUGGAUUUUUUUUUUUAAAAAAUAGCAAAAGCUAAUGUCCUAAUAAUUCUGUUGAUUGUAAAGAUACCAUAAGUCUCUUGGAUAAAGAUGUGGUUGUUAUGUGGUUACAAAAUGUGUUUUCAAAUUGGAGAAAAUUUUUAAAAAUUAGCAAAAGCUAAUGUCCUAAUAAUUCUGUUGAUUGUAAAGAUACCAUAAGUCUCUGGGAUAAAGAUUUGGUUGUUAUGUGGUUACAAAAUGUGUUCUCAAAUUGGAGAAAAUUUUUAAAAAUUAGCAAAAGCUAAUGUCCUAAUAAUUCUGUUGAUUGUAAAGAUACCAUAAGUCUCUGGGAUAAAGAUUUGGUUGUUAUGUGGUUACAAAAUGUGUUCUCAAAUUGGAGAAAAAUUUUAAAAAUUAGCAAAAGCUAAUGUCUUAAUAAUUCUGUUGAUUGUAAAGAUACCAUAAGUCUCUGGGAUAAAGAUUUGGUUGUUAUGUGGUUACAAAAUGUGUUCUCAAAUUGGAGAAAAUGUUUAAAAAUUAGCAAAAGCUAAUGUCCUAAUAAUUCUGUUGAUUGUAAAGAUACCAUAAGUCUCUUGGAUAAAGAUGUGGUUGUUAUGUGGUUACAAAAUGUGUUUUAAAAUCAGAGAAAAAAUUUAAAAAAUUAGCAAAAGCUAAUGUCCUAAUAAUUCUGUUGAUUGUAAAGAUACCAUAAGUCUCUUGGAUAAAGAUGUGGUUGUUAUGUGGUUACAAAAUGUGUUUUAAAAUUGGAGAAAAAUGUUAAAAAAUUAGCAAAAGCUAAUGUCCUAAUAAUUUUGUUGAUUGUAAAGAUACCAUAAGUCUCUUGGAUAAAGAUUUGGUUGUUAUGUGGUUACAAAAUGUGUUUUAAAAUUUGAGAAAAUUAAAAAGAUACUCGAGAAAAAAUGAGAGUAUGAUCUCCAUUCACAGGAGUGCAAUCCUGUCUCCCAGCCCAAGAUGCAAGGCAUGGAGCCAAGAGAGAAAUCAGACACAACAGCUUCUCCUCCUGCUCCUUUCUCCAAAGGCGCCCAGCAACAAGGAAGGGGGAAAAGCUGUCCUCGCAUCAGGCAACACAAGAGCCAGCCGGGCAAAUUCUAUUCAGAGCACAGAGCCGGUUCUGGGCUGGGAGCCAAGAAUGCCUGCCCCGGCUGUGGCCAGGCUCCGAUGCCUUGGCUGUAUCUUGCUUAUCUCUGUGUGGCAGGAGGAGUGGGAGGAGCAGGCGGCAAACAGAGAAACCAGAGCCCUUGCACAUGUAUCCGGAGUCAGGAUUUGCGCCAUUCCCUUCUCCCUGGAAGGCAGGAAGGCCCCAGGGAAAAGCAACAAAAACUAAGAGGAUGGCCAACAAUACAGUCAUUGUUAAUGAGCAGACUACCAGAUACUCGUUACCAAAGCUCACGUUUUACCUGAAUUUCUGCUCCUAUUGCAAACCAUUCCAGUGACAGACAAUAGGGAAUGUGUUGUCGAAGGCUUUCAUGGCCGGGAUCACAGGAUUGUUGUAUGUUUUCCGGGCUGUGUGGCUAUGUUAACUACAACAUAGUUGUAGGGCUGUGGCGCAGCUGGCUAGUAACCAGCUGCUAUAAAUCACUACUGACCGAGAGGUAAUGAUUUCGCAGCCCGGGUCGAGUUAAGCCUCCGACUAUUAAAAAAAAUAGCCCCGGCUUGCUGUUGACCUAUGCAGCCCCGAAAGACAGUUGCAUCUGUCAAGUAGGGAAAAUUUAGGUACGCUUUAUGCGGGAGGCUAGUUUAACUAAUUUACAACACCAUAAAACUGCCAGCAAAACACGAGGAAAAGAAUGAGGAAGAACAGCCACCAAGUGGACGGUGAAGCAACAGCUCCCCCAGUGGCCGGAAUCGUGAAGCUGGAAAGAUGUUAAAAUGCCUCUGUGUCUGUCUAAACUGAAUGUUGUUUGUCUGUUGGCAUUGAAUGUUUGCCAAAUAUGUGUUCAUUGUAAUCCGCCCCGAGUCCCCUUCGGGGUGAGAAGGGUGGAAUAUAAAUACUGUAAAUAAAUAAAUAAAUAAAUAAAUAAACAAACAUUCACACUGGCCUCCAACUGACAAGAGUUCUUUCACCCUGGACUUUCCACAGAUAUAUAUAAACCUUCCUUGCUUAGUUUUACUAAUGUGGGAUUUGUAUAUUGAUAAUGUUUAAAUGCAAUUUGUGCCAUGCUUGUAUUGCAACUGAUUGCAUCAUCCAGAAUGUACCAUAGUGUGGAAAGAGUUAAUUGCCAAGAAGCUAUGAUGACCUUGAUGUGUGGCUGGAACUAGGGAGUAUCCAGACACAAGAGUGUGUGCAUUACUGAUUGCGUCAGUUCAGUUGAGUUCUGUCUGCCUAGAGUUUGAGUCAAGUUCUGUGUUCAUCUGUCAUCUGUAAGUCUGUUUGUGUUGAUACAGUAAAACUUUGUAAAUAGUUUUA